AUGAGAUGUCUGACACCUGACGAAAAAGUUUAUAAUUUUGAGAAUGUGACUGCAACGGCAAACAGCAUCAUUGUAAAUUUACCGGAGCCGGUUGUAAAGAGUGGAUGCAAAAAAUAUAAUUUACCAACUACUAUAUAUACUAUCUUUGUAAGCUAUUGUUUAGACAAUAACCUCAACAAGUCUGAAGAAUUCAAUGUGCUGACAGAUGAGCGAUAUUACAAGAUUCAGAAUUUAACACCAUUUACAGAGUACAAGUUGAAGUUUACUAUAAGCAAUUUUUACUUUGAUCAAUUAUCAAUAAAUCCAUUCAAUUCGAACGUGAUAUCAAUAAAAACUAAUUUGGGCAAGCUUAAUGUACCAGAAAACAUAAGUGUUUUAGCUUUGACGCCUACUAUAGCAGUAGUUUAUUGGAUGCCACCCAAGAAAUUGAACUGCGUGGUUGUGACUUACGAAGUGCAUUGGAAGUCAGUGAACGACACGCAACAGCAGAAACAAUUUAUCAAUGUGCCGAAACGUGUGGCAGAUGGCAGAUUUUUCACAAAGAUUAACUUGUCGCUACCAGUACAAGAUGACUUGAUAUACGUGCGUAUGUAUCCAAGUAAAUUCAGCGAUUUCUACAACGAGAGCAAGAUAGAUCACAUAUACUCAGAACCAAAUAAUAUUACUUUGAGCGGGGUCAACAUAAAUAGCAUAAACAUUUCAUGGAUCUCAAACAUCAAUCUUACGGUCCUUCUUACACUAAAGUACAAAGAGGUUGCAACAGAAAACAACGAAUGGCAAACAACGAAAACAACGAAUGAUACUAGAACGAAUUAUAACGAAGAAGCAACUUACCAUAUCGAAAAUUUACAGUCAGAAACUGAAUACAAAUUUCGCUUGAUAUUGAGAUAUCCCGAAUAUGACGAAACUUUUACAUGGCCGACUGAUGAAAGAUUUAUUUUUUCAACACGUGGUAGCAAACGUGCAAUAUAUCGUCAACGCAAAAGUAAUAAUGAUUUGAUUACAAUGACCGAUAUAGAAUUGGAGAUUCCACAUGAAAUAUGUUGCGAAUACACUCAAUUGAAUACGAUUUACAGUCCUAUGAUACAUUAUAAUCCGGAUGAAUGUGCAAUAACUAAAAUUGCACGUAAACAGAUUAUAUUUGGAAAAAUUAUUGGUAGCGGCACAUUCGGAAUGGUGUAUCAAGGAAAUGUGAAAAACUUAGAAAGUUCGGGCACAGAGAUAUCCGUUGCAAUAAAAACGCUUCGGAAAGAUCCUCCUUUCCAUGAGAAAAAGAAAUUGUUAAAGGAAGCCGAGCUUAUGAAUCGUUUUCGACACAAACAUAUAUUAAGAUUGUUGGGCGUUUGUUUAAAUGGGAUUUCUCCGUUUCUAGUGUUGGAAUUAAUGAAAACUGGUGAUCUGUCAAGAUAUUUGAGAGAUUGUCGAAAUUUGGAAGCGUCAGAUUCGCACGCUCUGCGUUUGCAAGAUUUGUUCGCCAUGUGCGAAGAUGUUACGCGAGGUUGUUGCUACUUGGAAGAAUUGCGUUUCGUACAUAGAGAUCUAGCGUGUCGCAAUUGUUUAGUAUCUUCGAGAAAUCGCGAUAAUCGUAUUAUCAAAAUUGGAGAUUUUGGAUUAGCUAGAAAUAUCUACAAUGAUGAUUAUUAUCGCAUGAGAGGAGAAGAUUUGCUUCCUAUUCGCUGGAUGGCACCCGAAUCUUUGAUGAUCGGAAUAUUUACUUCUCGAAGAGAUGUUUGGUCAUUUGGUGUUUUAAUGUGGGAAAUUACAUCGUUGGGUGAACAACCUUAUGUUGCCAAGACUUAUGCGGAAGUGAUAAAUUAUGUACUUGCUGGGAACAGGUUGCCGAUGCCUCUUAACUGUCCGUCCGCAUUGUACCAGUUGAUGCUACGUUGCUGGAGUGCAGCGGAUGCUAGACCAAAUUUCGAAUUUUUUCUGAAAAAUAUUAUAGCAUUAAGAAAGAACAUAGAAGAUACCUUACUGAGUCCAGUCGAUAUUCUUUAUCCGAUAUAA